UAUAUAGAGCCUCAGAAAAUUAAACCUUAGUAGUAUACCAUGUGGGGAAGUUUAUAUGGCUACUGAAGAAGCAUGUACGAUUAUAAAAGUAGGAGAUAAAUACAGAUCUUUCUUGCAUGAAGACACUGAGAAUACCACACAGUGGAGGCAUGGUGGCCCUCCCAAUUUCGAUACAGUAAAUCAGCUCUUUGAAGAAGGCCGAACUAAGGAAUGGCCAAAAGGAUCGCUAGAAGAAGUAGUGCAAAAUGCUAUAAAGACAUGGGAUAUGGAAAUCGAACACAAGACUCGCGUACAGGACAUUAAGACCAUCAACCCUGACACGUUCAAGCUCAUUGUUAAUGGAAGAGAGGGAUUAGCAGCAGAAGAGACGCUUAGGAUUGGUAGCUACAAUGCUUUGUUGAAGAGUUCUCUGCCGAAGGAAUUUCAGUACUACAAAGCAGAUGAAGAAACCUUCGAAUCAUCUCAUGAUGCCUUUCGAUCUGCCUUGCCUCGAGGAUUCGCAUGGGAAGUGCUGAGUGUAUAUUCAGGGCCUCCAGUGAUUUCUUUCAAAUUCAGGCAUUGGGGUUUCUUUGAAGGACCUUUCAAAGGCCAUGCUCCUACUGAAGAAAAGGUUGAGUUCUAUGGCUUUGGAAUCCUCAAGGUGGAUGAAUCUUUGAGGGCAGAAGAUGUGGAGGUUUACUAUGACCCAGCAGAGUUAUUUGGGGGGCUCCUGAAAGGGGCGCUGAUAUCGCCAUGCCAAUCAGAAGAUAACACUGUCAACACCGCCACAGCAACGCGUGGCUGUCCAUUUUCCAAAUAAACAUAGGCUGGCAUGUGUUUGUCGUUGUGCCAGGAGUGUUUUCUUGCUUUCGUUUGUAUGAUGAAUCAAACUGCAUGCUUGCUUGCUUGCUUUUGUUACCAUUUCAUCUGCUGUUGUGUGUCUGUCCAUUCCUCACAAGGCAACAUUUGCUUUUAUUUUCAUUAGCAGAUUCUUCCACAUAUUACAUGGACUGUCAAGCAAAAACUAUCCCAUUUCUAUCUUCAGGUCUCGGAUCUUACACCGAUUCCAUCUUUGCAUCAAGUUAUGAUCACUUCUUUUUUUAUUUAA